UAUAGUUGCCUUGGAACUUCCGAGGUCUCCGGUCGAUUUGUUCGUCCCGACCAGGAAGAGAGCAGGACUUCGGUUGGGGUCGGGUCGGAGACGGCCUAAGGGCCAAAACUACUCGUAGCUACGAUCGCCUGGUGGCCCAUCUGGUCCGACCUUUUUCCCUGCUCCCACGACUUGGCGUCCUCUCCCUCCCUCUCUCGGGUCCUUUCCGUCACACCCUUUUCUCUUGUGUUGCUCUGCUUAUCGGAGUUUACCUGGAUUACUGAUUUGGAGGAGUAAGCAGUAAUAAGUAGGACCAUCUGACGAGGUUCGGGUGGGAAUGGAGGUGGAUGGGAAGGAGAUAAUCUCAACGUCCACUCAGCUGAUUGAUUUGCUUCGUCGAUUCCUUGGCGUCCAGCAGCGCAGGGCUGCUGCAUAUGAAAGACUGCGGAGGGGCUUUGCAGAAUAUAUGGUGACAGGAGGUGAUGCAAUCUAUCAACAGCUUUGCAGUGAGAUCACACUGGAGUUUAACGAUUGUUCCAAACAAGUCCUUGAAAUGGAAUCCGUGCUCUCAAAUCCUGUGUUCCACCGAAAUGAUCUUGCUGACCUGCUGAAAUCAGUUCAGGCACAUGAAAAACAGAAGUUGCACCUGACAGCAAGAAUACAAGUGCUGAAGAAAGCUGGCAGGCCAUCGGAGCGGCUCAUAAGCCAUGAAAAGUGCACGUUCACCAAGCCUACCGAGCAUCAGUGCAUACAUGUAUGCGAGAUCACAGAAGCCACUGGAACGGAAGAUGCUGAGGCAGACGCCGAGUAUGACAAUUCUUUGAAUGAAGCCAUAAGGGGAGUGCAGGAUGCGGUAACGUGUAUCAAUGAACAUUUGGAGGAAGUCAGAUAUGAAAUUGACGCGCUAGAGGCCGUGUGAUUACUCUUCUGUCUCCAGCAUGUAAAGCGACUGUCAGUGAAUGUCGGUUAAUAAGAAUUGCAUGGUACAUAUUCCUAAGAUUUCAGUCCACCGUGCAUUUUAACCUCUUUGGGAGCUGGUGAGAUGCCUGAUCCUCGUCCCGGAGAUGGUCGCCAAUGGACUUCCCAGACCAGGAGUAGAUUUUAGUCAGGCUAGUCACCUGACCCAGUCUCGGAUAUUACAACGGGUGCAUUCAUUGUAAGAAAAAAUGAGAACUUUUCUUUUUUCAGCUUUUUUUUUUUUAGGGCGACAUGGGUGUUACGGGGAGGCUCCUUUCGCGCCUCCCUAUAACACAUAACCUGUUCCAUAUUUCUUUUGCCUCUAAUUUUAAACUUAAUGGCUUCUGCAGUCUUCUUUAGUAA